CGGCGACUGACAAGUUCCCAGAAUCGCAUUAAUAAACACCAGAAGAGGUCCCGGGUCAUCGGACGUGGAGUCAUCCAGGCAAUGACCGCAGACGUCAAACUGCGACUCUCAGAAGGCACAUCUGCUGGCCAUGGCCACGGCUGAGGGCAACCAGAAAAGCGGAAGCAAAUGCGUGGUCAUCGGCGCCGGGCCUGUGGGUGCUUUGGCCGGUCUCUACGCGGCGACACGAGGCUGGGACGUCGAGGUCUACGAUCUCAGAUCAGAUCUGCGAGAUGCAUCCACGACGCCUCUCAACUUCACCAGGAGCAUCAAUCUGGCCCUUUCUGAACGUGGCAUCAAUGCCCUGCGACAAUACAACUCCGACCGUCUUCUGCACUCCAUUCUGAACGAGACGAUUCCUAUGUAUGGUCGCAUGGUUCACGGACAAGACCGCACGGGAGCCUUGACUGAAGCAGCUCAGCCUUACGAUGUCCAUGGUCGAUAUAUCAAUGCAGUAGACCGUGGCGACCUCAACGGACGGCUUCUGGACGAGCUCGAAUCUCUGCCCAAUGUCAGGCUACGAUUCAAUCACAAGUUGACGGGUGUUGACUUCAAGCGUCGCCUUGCGUGGUUGGAGCAGAAAGGCCCGUCGAGACGAGCGAGUGUGUUGGAAGAUGGGACGCGCGCCAGCAGUCGACCGGGUCGUCCGGACGAGAUAGAGAUCGAAUUCGAUCUUCUGAUCGGCUGCGAUGGUGCUCACAGCGCUGUCCGUUUCCACAUGAUGAAGUUUGUUCGCCUGGACUAUCAGCAGACCUAUAUUGACACUCUUUGGUGUGAGUUCCAAAUCCCUCCGGCAGACGACAAGUCCAGCAAGACGCCAUCGGCCAAGCACGGCUUUAGGACCAGCCCAAAUCAUCUGCACAUUUGGCCCGGGAAGGACAAGAUGUUCAUCGCCAUUCCCAGUACUGACAAAACUUUCACAUCCACCCUUUUUGCACCAGCCGCUGAUUUCGAAGCAUUGGAGAAAGAUCCAUCGCACGUCGAGCGCUUCUUCAAUGCCCAUUUUCCCGGUGCUGUCGAUCUGAUCGGACCCGAGUCAAUCACGGAACAAUUUGGCGAGAACCCACAUCUUCCACUUAUCAGCAUCAAGUGCUCGCCGCAUUUCUAUGGGUCGACCGGUGUGAUUCUGGGGGAUGCAGCGCAUGCCAUGGUACCAUUUUACGGGCAAGGAAUGAACGCUGGUCUGGAAGAUGUGCGCGUGCUCUUCUCGCACCUUGACGCACAUCCGAUGAGUCCCGAUGGCCGUGCUAAGGCGCUGGAGUCUUACAAUGCGGAGCGGCUGGCCGAUGCACACGCGAUCAAUGAUCUGUCUCUUGCCAACUUCUGGGACAUGCGCGCGGGUGUAACAUCCAAAGUGAAAUUACUCCGCAAGAAGGUCGAGGAGUUCCUCUCGGAUCGAUUGCCAAGCACUGGCUUCGCGACGCAGUACAGUCGGGUCAGCUUCAGCAACCAGCGCUAUUCAGACGUGAUUAAAGCGGCCAAUAGGCAGAAGGAGGUUCUGCUAGAAGGCAUGGGCAUCGUGGCAAUGCUGCCUGUAUUCGGUGUUGCAGCAUAUUAUGCCCUUAUGUGGCAGCGAAAUCGCGGGCGACCCGAUUUUUUUGCAGGCUUAAGGUUUGUGGGCGAAAGAAUUGGACGAAGCUUCAACUCAAGAUGAAAGCUGGUCAGCAGAGUUGUAUGGUUGAUGAGAACUCAAAUGAUCGCCCUGUUCCUCUCCC